AUGGACGAUGACCAUGUACGCGUGGACGACAACCUCAGCCCCAUGCCCGUAUCCUACAAUCGUGAUGACCUUGUUCCCUUCCCGCCCCUCUGCCACUGGCGAGUGAAUGUGCAUGUCCGAGCUAACGGAUCGACCCACGCCGCUCCUGCGGAUAAGCCCCAGCAUUGUGGGUCUGGCGCACCUAUGCGACAAACGCGCGUCUCUUAA